AUGAACGGUCUAUCAAUCAGCCCUUUUAUAGCGAACCUUCCCAAGGUUGAGCUUCACGUUCACAUCGAAGGCACUCUCACGCCCUCCCUUCGCUGGGAGCUAGCACACCGCAAUAAGAUCAUUCUCCCAUACACCACCUUCGAAGAUCUAGAAGCAUCAUACGCCGUUACAUUAAAUCACCGCCCGGAGCUAAACGGCCGCCAACCCGGAAUCCCAACAUUUCUAGAAGCCUAUUUCGCAGGAUGCGAAGUUCUGCGCACCGAGAAUGACUUCUAUGAUCUAGCAAUGGCUUAUCUUUCUCGCUGCGCUUCGAUGAACGUGCUCUACGCGGAACCGUUCUUUGAUAUCCAGGCUCAUACCCGUCGCGGAGUUCCAGCCGCUGCGGUCCUUGAUGGUUAUCUACGGGCACAACACGACGCCGCUGCAAAACUUGGUGUGCAUUCUCAAUGGAUCAUGUGUUUUUUGCGUGAUAUGCCCGUAGAACAGGGGUUGAAGGCCUAUGUCGAAGCGAGGCCCUGGGCAGCGGGGACUGUCGAAGGUGGAAAGGGGUUAUUUCAUGCUGUGGGGCUAGCCAGCAACGCAUAUGAGAGACCGCCGAUGCUUUUUGAAGAGGGUUUUGCUCUCGCUCGUGCAGAUGGUCUGCAUGUUACCAUGCACUGUGACUUUGGACAAAAAGACACGCAUUCUCAUAUGACUGAGGCGAUAUUCCAGGUGUGCGAUGGUCGAGGGGCGGAGCGGAUUGAUCACGGAUUGGAUGCUGAGGAUAGGGAGGAGCUAUGGAGAGGCCUUCUGGAUAGAAACAUUGGUCUGACUUUGUGUCCACACGCGUAUCACCGCAGGACUGCAACGCAUGUUUUAUUCUCGAAGAUUCGAAGGCUGUGGGAUAGGGGUGUAAAAUUUUGCAUAAACAGCGAUGAUCCUACUCUGAUGCAUGAUGUUUGGAUUGAUGGCAAUAUGCAAAAAGUUUAUACAUAUGGUGGAUUUAGUGAGGCUGAGAUGGUUCAGUUGGCGAGAAAUGCCGUGGAUAUGUGUUGGGCCAAUGAUUGUAUCAAGCAAGCCAUAUAUGAAAAGCUCGAUAGCCUUGCUAUACAGAAAUGA